GAAAGAAUUCAGAGGAUACACAGGAAGAUGCGCUUUUGCGUAUGACGAUGGCAAUUACAUUCUGCACAAAUUCCUGGUAUCAACCGACUUGGUGAAAUUGAAAGAAAAACCAGAAGUGUGCAGAGGGCUCCGGGGAAUGGUCAUGCAAGGGAUCCGCAUUUAUGUCGAAGGGAUUUUGAGGGAAGAAAGAAUGAUGGACGUUCUUACGAAAAUACGUGAAGAGCAACCAUCUAACGCUCCGGAUUCCUAG